AACAAUGGAACAAACUUUGCUUUCUUUUGCCUUUUCCGCAUUUGUUUUUUCAUUGGUUGGCAUCAUAAUAUAUGUUGUUCAUGAUUUGUGCCUGAAACCUAAAUUUCUCCGAGCAAAGCUUUUAAAGAAAGGAAUCGAUGGCCCGAAGCCUACACUCAUUCUUGGAAACAUGCCUGAUAUACAAAAAAUCCAGUCUAAGGAACUGGCAUCAGAUGCUAUAACUUAUGAUUCGAACGAGACAUUGUCACUUGAUUGUCCCUCUGUACUGCUUCCACAUAUCAGCCAAUGGACCAAGCAAUUUGGAAAAACAUUCUCUUUUGCACUGGGAAAGACACAAUUUUUGUAUAUAGGAGACGGUGAACUGGUGCGAGAGAUGAAUCUUUGCAAAUCAUUAGACUUGGGGAAGCCAUCUUACAUGUAUAAGGAGAGGGGGCCUCUGUUGGGCAAGGGUAUCCUCACGACGAGUAAGGAAGUUUGGGUGCACCAGAGAAAAACUAUUGCUCCUACUAUCUAUGUUGACAAAGUUAAGAACAUGUUUAGAGUAGUGCUUGAAUCUGGGAACACACUUGUUAAAUCAUGGGAGAGCUUGGUUGAAACUGAGGGCGGGAUUGCAGAUGUAAGAGUUGACGACUAUGUGAAGACCUUCACGUCAAGUAUAUUCUCUCAUGUCAUGUUUGGCAGAUACGAUGCUGCAGAAAAGCUCUUGUUUUCUAAGUGCAGGGAUCUCAUGGAAGUUUCUGGAUCACCGACAGUUGUAGAUGGUCGUCCAUUCUAUAGAUAUUUUCCGACCAAGAUGCAUAGACGGCAAUGGAGACUAGAAAAGGAGAUAUACCGGAUUAUUCGAGAUUUAGAAAUGAAAUGUGAGGGUGAGGGUGAAGGCAUAAUACACACUCUUGUGGACAGUGCUAAGCAUGGAGAGCUUGGGUCAUCUACACCUCAACAAUUUGUAGUUGAUAACUGCAAGGAGCUUUGCAUUGUAGGAAUGGAGGUUCCCGGCAUCACGGCGAUUUGGGGUCUAAUGUUACUGGCAUUGCAUCCCGAAUGGCAAGAACGUGCUCGUGCUGAGGUACUGGAAAUUUGUGGAGGCCAGACGUUGGAUGCUGAAAAGCUGGGCAAGAUGAAAGUAGUAUGUCUCUCACUUCAUUAUCUCACAUCUUUGUGUCUUACAGGUUCUAAAAGUCUGGGAUUCUUGUCAGUGACUCACUGA